CCUCCCUGCCGCGCCGCCGCCUCCCCGCCCGCCGCCUCCCCGCCCGCUGUGCAGAGCCGGGGCAUGGCGAGCCAGCGCUGCUUCGCCAACCGCUUCGAUGACUACCAGGGGGCGGCGGCGGGGGCGGCGGGGCCGGAUGCGGAGGCGGCCGUGCCGCUGGUGACCGCCACCAUCGAGCGCAUCCUUCGGGAGCUGCCCCCCCUGGGGGGCAGCUGCCAGGGCGGGCUGUACGGCGGGGUGGCCGGCGUGGCCUACAUGCUGUACCACGUCGCGCAGUGCCCGCUCUUCGCCCCGUCGCGGGACGCCUACCUGCGGGCGGCUCGCCGCCUGGUGGACGCCUGCCUGCGAGCCCAGGAGCGGGGCGGCGGCGAGGCCGAUACCCGCGCCGCCUUCUUGCUGGGAGGCGCCGGGGUCUACGCGGUGGCCGCGCUGGUCUACCGAGCCCUGGGGCUGCCCGACUUCGCCCGGCCGCUGGGCAAGUUUCGGGAGCUGAGCGAGGUGUGCGCCCCGCUCUCCUUCCUCGAGUGCGGCUCCGACGAGCUCUUCGUCGGCCGCGCCGGGUACCUGUGCGCCGCCCUGGUGCUGAAGCAGCGGCUGGGCAUGGAGGUGCUGACCCCAGCGCAAAUAAAAUCAAUUUGCCUGGCCAUAUUGGAAUCAGGAAAGCAGUAUGCAGUGAAGAAGAGGAAACCAUUCCCACUCAUGUAUUCCUACUAUGGAACAGAGUAUCUCGGUGCAGCACAUGGGCUUUCAUCAAUCCUUCAGAUGUUACUUUCCUACUACGAGUACUUGCAGCCAGCAGAUCAGGAGCUUGUGUGGCAGAGUGUUGAUUUCCUCAUGGACCAAGAGCAGAACAGCAACUGGCCUCCUGAGCUGGGGGAGACGAUCGAGAGGGAGAAUGAGCUUGUCCACUGGUGUCAUGGAGCUCCAGGCAUUGCGUAUCUGUUUGCCAAAGCUUAUCUGGUUUCCAAGAAGCCUCAGUAUCUGGACACUUGUAUCCGCUGCGGAGAGCUAACCUGGCAGAAAGGCUUGCUGAAGAAGGGACCUGGCAUAUGCCAUGGAGUGGCUGGUAGUGCUUACGUGUUCCUGCUGCUCUAUAGGCUGACUGGGAACUCAAAAUACAUCUACAGGGCACAAAGGUUUGCAGAGUUCUUAUUUACAGAAGAAUUUAAGGCUGGUUCCCGGGCAUUAGAAAGUGUAUAUAGUCUGUAUGAAGGCUUCUCGGGAACCGUGUGUUUCCUGACUGACUUGCUGCAACCCAACCAAGCUGAGUUUCCUCUCUUCAGUGUCUUUGUCUAGAGAAUAGCAUUCUUCUGGGCCGCAUCCCAUUGGCAACGGGAGAGGGCACCUGCAGUUUCACUUAUGUGUCGGGAGAGGUUAUUUACAAAAAACAAGCCAGUGGUACCACUAAUGCUAGCCUUAAUGUAGCUGGGAGUGAGGUGAAGGAGUAAAUACUCUGGGGCUUUGGGAGGGAAGCAUGUGACCAAAAAAAUGGGUCAGUAAAAAAGGGGGGAAGUGAUUAAAUCUGACAGGGGUAGAUAUUUAUCUGUAAUAAGAAGUAAAAUCUAAUUAUUCAAGUGAGAGAGAAAGGGGCAUUAUCAAACUUUUAAUUUGGUGGUUACACAGGAGAAUAGAAAAGGCAAGGUAGAAUUACAGGGACAUGCAAAGAAGGAAGAAAAUGAUACAUCCAGAAUGUUUUAAAAAGAGACCUGUAAAAGCAAGUCUUCUGCAGCGAUGCACUUAAAGGGGAGGGUGUUGUAGAUAUGUCACUACACUGCACAAAGGCAAAAUCUGGGAUUUUCUACCUAAACCACGUUUACUAGUACUAGUACCAUGUAUUAGAAAUACCUGUAUCUUGGAGCUCUUUCAUCAUCAUAUGCAUAUAAUGACAGUUAUGUAGGUAGAUACAUAUUCAGCUGGCAGUUUCACAGGUUCAUUUCAGUGAGUGGGGUCUCACGUAUGUAAAUCAGGACUGAAUUUGACCAUUCUUUUCAGAGCACAGUCUGUGGUAGGGAGCUGGUCUCCUUUACUGAUUUAUCGUAACAGUGUCACUCAUCAAUACCUUCCCUUUCACAGGGAAGAUGAGUGGAGCUGUGGAGGAGACUUGGAUGAAGAAGUUAAAUAGCAAAGACACAGCAGGCAGGUGCUUUCUUCACAGUACAGCAUUGCUAGAUAGGUAUUGUUCAGUGAUACAAAAGCUCCCUUUAAAAAUUAAUUACCUAUAGCAGCACUUCUGAACUAAGACAUACAUAGUUCAGAGAAUGGAAAAACUAUUUUCCUGAUGAAUUGUUCAUUAAAGACCCUGCAAACUGAAUGCAAACCCUUGGUGGCAUACUGAGCUUAAGAAAAAAAUGAUAACAAAACUGCUUCUUCUCCUGGUUAACAAAAUAAUAUAUAUGCCCAAAUUAUUUCUAUAGAAAUAAUGAUUUCCUCAUCACUAGUUGCACUAGCACUUAAGGUUGCAAUUAUAUCCAGUUUUAUACGUAUUAUAUAUAUAUAUAUUAUGAUAAUUAAAAACUAAAGAAAAUAUGUAAUUUGUACUAAAAAUAUAAAGCCAAUACCUAUAUUUAAAUAUUUUUAUUUAUUUUUAUUUAUAUGGGAGUAAUGUAAUGCAAUUACCUUUUACAGAUAGAUUGGGAAGGCCAGUACGUCAAAGAUUGCAGUUAGAGUGAAAAAAACCUGACCUCUGUGCACUGCCAAGCAUUGCAGUCUCUCUUCCUGCAUUCUUAACUGAGGGAGAUUACAAUUUCUUUAUUUUUUAUGCCUAAUGGAUUAAAGUUCCCAUUUGAUUUCAGUGGGCCUUGGUCAGGCUAUAACAUGGAGCCAAGUCUUGCAAUCCUUCCAUAUUUUAAUAUUGUAAUCCUAUUUCUCCUCAUGCCACUCUUACUUUAACUUGAUGACUUGCAUUAUUAUGAGCUGCAGAUUAGGAUUUCUGCUAUUUGUCUUGCACUGUGCAGCUCUAAUUAAUUAUUUAAACAUAGAAGUAACCAUAUUUCACUGGUGACUAAAGCAAUGUAGUUCUGUAUCUGCUUAGCAAGUAUUUGGGAAUCUUCUGAUGAAUGUUAAAAUUCAAUAUACAUUUGUUACAGGUUCAUUUGUGGGAUAAAGGGUCUUUUAAGGAAGCCAUUACUGUCACUUCAUCACUGUGAGCAGUGAGAUGUGUACGAUUUUUGUGUACAGGUAUUUCAUAGGGAGGUACACAUGUGAGGCUAAAUCCAGAAGCGAAUGGGAAGUCCAUGUGCUCUGCCCAGCCAUGUUUAAAAGCACGUGUUAAAUCAGAGCAAAGUCCAUUUUCAGCAGUGCAGAUCCUGAGCCCAUUGGGAUUCUCCUCUAGUUGCUUACUGUAAUGCAUAGGGCUAAUCUAUGUCAUAACCGGAACCUUUUUACACAAAAGAUGAAGGAAGGUAACAUGUGGCCUAUCCACUUUUUCCCCAUGACCAACAACAUGUCAGUCUCAAUUUGUAUUGCAGGGUAGUGGCACUCAGCUAAAAUAUGUAAGUAACAUUUGUGUCAGAGCAUUUAGACAGCUAUUGCAAUUGCAUUUUAUCUUAUCGUAAGACAGAGAAAUGAAUGGGUUCUGCCACAAUCUGGCACAGGAUGUUGCAGUCCUACAUUUAUUGCCAAUUAUUUUAUUUAUAGAUGCAAACAAAAACAAAACAAAACAAAACAAAAAAAAGAAGCCUAGUGUUCGGAUAACUACACAGUCAAAAAAAAAAACAAACAAACAAACAAAAAAACAAACAAACAAAAAAACAAAGAAACAAACAAAAAUUAAGCCUUAACAGAAUCUACAGCCUAUCAACAGAGUAAUCAUGACCUUUCGAUUUUCCCAGCACGCACUUUUUAAUUUUCACUAUGCCAAAGCAUUUAAUUGCAUCCAUUUACUUGUUUAUUUGUCAGGAGAUGCUUGAAGGAGAAAACCUUUGCCAAAACCUCAGUAAGUCUAGAGCACAAUAAAUAAAUACAGUAAUUUAGACCCUGACCAGGUCAUGAAUGCUGAUAUUGUAACUUACACCACAUAUAUGUUAAAAUUUACCAUAACAGUAGUAGAUAAAAUCGCUCCAUUUUAUUAUGCUUAACUUCCAACCGUCGUUUAUCUUUUAAUAUAACUCUAUAAUAAUAUAAAUCUAUCUGAAGAAUUCAGUGCCAGUUUUCUGGUGCUCCCUCCACCCCACUCCACGUCUCUUUGUAGAUUUCAUUUCUUCUGAUUUAGGUUCAGAGAAGGUUCAGAUCUGCUCUGUGUUGCUUUCUGCAGCACCAGCAAAACAAUCUUCUGUGUCUGCUACCCUUCUCCGUAUAUGAAGCCAUGUGUUUGGCGUCAUUUGAUACUAAUCCUAUGAGAAAGAAAAUGCUCACUUGAUAGGUUCAGCAAUGAGAAAACCCAUGCAACCACCCAGUUUUCAAAAUCUGGGUCCCAACUCUCUCUCUGCAAGUUCCACAAGUUCAGCACUGAGGUCAGCAAGAGCAACACACAAAGUGUGUUUACUGAAACUUAAGAUAUAAAUCAUAGUAACAUAGACAUCCAGUCUCAUAGGAUACAUUGUGUAAAAUCUUGGAAUAUAGUGACUCAUCUGUCACAUUGUAUGUGUCAGUUUGAGCUCAUUCUUACAGCUUUGUUGCUUUUCUUAUCUGAUCCAAUUGGACUAAGGUAUGUGCUGUAGUCACAGCUUCUGAACAAUGUCAGUAUACCCUAGGGCUCUUCUGAAAAUACCACUCGUUAAAUGGGCACGGUUUUCCAUCUUUUUCCUACUUUUAAUCUUCUAAUUGCUAUUUUUCCUUCUUACUAUUUUACACAUACGCUGUUGCAACCUUUAUUUGCUGCAUUAAAUGCAUGGACAGGACAGCAACCUGAGUAGAGCCAUUGGCACUUUUUGGUGUGAUAAAAAAUAAGGUCCUUUGUGUUCCUUUCGUACUGCUCGGGGAAAUCAAUUACGUGUCCUUCGCUAGAUAUUCUCAGCUGGAUGCUGCUUCCUCCUGCUCCAAAACCAAGCCUAAUAGACUGAAAAAUUGUAUUUCUGAACAGAUUGUGCCAUGGUGCUGUGACAAAAGACUGUGAUACCAGAAACUUGAGAAGCCUCUUUUAAAAGUGUAAAACACAAGUUACUGAGUCACGUUUGCACAUUAGUCUCUCUACUGUGUUAAGUUUCUAAAGCGUAGGCAAUAGGAAUUUAAGUGAUAUAAUAGUAUUUCUGAUUAUGCAGUUAAAGCAAAAGGGAUGCAUUGUGCUGGUAUUGGUGCUUAUUUGUGAUGUACCUGUGUUUGUGUGGUGCUGUUUGUGAGUAAAGCUGUAGAUUACAAAGCAGUUUAAGGACCUAUAUGCUAUCCAUGACUUUUGGUAGGUCAUCCAUAGAUUACUGUCAUAGAAUAAUUUUGAGGGAAACUAGAUCUGUGAUGUCAAGAUUUAGUGAUUUUAGCAUUCAUAGAGCCACAUGCAAUCCGUUUCAGCAACAGUACGGUUCUAAUGCAUACAUCUUAUUUUUUCCCUGCCAUUUACAACUUCCCAGCAUGAUAAUGAUUUUGUUUUGUGCCACUGCUUUCAAUAUCUGCUUUGUUUGCACCGUUGUUUCCUUCGGUUUCCCUGCCUUUCUUUCCCAGUCUAUGGAAAGACUUCUAACUUUGGAAGGCUAAACAAGCAGCCUGAGUCUUUUAUUCUUGAAAAUAAGAUCAAUUGAUUUUUGCCGAAGAGGAGUGUCCCACUUAUUUGCAUUACAUUAUUUUUACGCUCCCAGGUGGUCUCUUCUCACUGGCUUGGCCGUUUCCCAACUGCUAAGGAAAAAUCAUUAUAUUGUAAAAUAACUGUAACCGAUGAUAUGCAUCAUUGAAUAAAACAAAAGGGGAAGACUCUAGGCAACACAUUCACUUAUCUAGGAUCUCAAUCAGAAAUAAGGGAAGUAACCAAACCUCCCCAAAUACGCAUUGAAAUAGUUCUAGGAAUUAUGCACAAGUGAAUGCAAGUGAAGUGGUCACCCUCAUCGCCACUCGGUGAAAUUAAGUAAUGCCAUUCUGGUGUUCUAAUAAUAAUUACAUGGACAUUAAGUGAGCAUGAUAAGAAUAUUGAUUUUUUUUUUUAAUCCCAUGGAAAAAAAUAAAUGUAGGUAUCUGAUAUAUUCAAAAAUGUACAGGUGCAAUGUGUACAAAUGGAAACUUUCAUGAUCAAUCAGUUUUUUGUACGUGAAGCAUUACCUGCAUAUACAGUUAUAGCAUCUGCCAAGAUAUUGCAUGUUUUAUGCAAACAGCAAACUAUUUUAGCAUAUGCAUGCAUUUGGAGAAUAUAACCUUGUUAUUUGUCUUGAAAUUUUGUCCUAUAAGAUCCAUGGACAGAGUGUAUCUCAAAGGUCUGCCAAAUAAAUCUCAGGUGCAGUAAUUUCCUACAUACAUUGAAUAUUCACUGACAUGAGUGCAUAUUCUAAUCUGUAGGAAAAACUAGUAUAUCAGGAGUAAGAAUUGCUCUGUGGAUUUUAAAGAGUAAUCUUCCUGUGAAAAAUUACACAGAUGAGCAAUUGUUGUCUAACAGCACAGUUCAGAUUGCUCUGAGUUUAUACAGAGAUGUCCUGGAUUAAGUAGGAAGUGGCAUAAAACUAAAUUAAAAAUAAAUAAGAAAAUGACCAAAAAUCACAUUACUGACAGAACGACAUACUUCAAAGCCAUAACCCAAAAAUGCUCAGGGUCCACAAAACAAUACAGCAGUUUAGGGAUGUGAAUAGGCAUUUUCCAAGAGAAUAGCACAGUUUGCUGUGGUACAGUAUGCGCUGUACUUAACAGGUUAUAGCUGCCUUGAACUCUUCAUUGUCAUUACAGCAAAGUCAUCAUAUGCUGAAAAAAAAAAUCUGCCUAAGAAGGAAUUGCCUGUAGCUGAACCUACUGCCUACCCCUAUCAUUCAAUGGAAUAAAAGGGAUGUACAUUAUCAAUGCUUACAAAGUGGAAAAAAAAAAAAAAAGCCAACAUGCACAAACUUUUUGACCUGUCUUUCACCUAAUAAAUUUUCUGAUAUAUUUAUACUGUCAAUGAUGUCACUGUUAGUCCUGUACUCUGUAUAUUUAAAACUUUACAUCACGCUCUGGAAAAAAAAAAA